AGGAGUGGAGGGAACUGGAGUAAAAGUCGAACCACAAGGAGAGAAACUAUAACUUCUCUUUGAAAAGAGAUAAGACAAUUACAGUAAUUAAUGUCUCCACAGAAGGAAUGAAAGUGGAAAGAAGAGAAAGCUGCUUAGAAAGAGUGAAAGUUAUUAUCUUGUCAGAGAGAGGAGGGUGGGGAGUCUGAGUAAUAGGAAGCAUAAAAAGGAGGCCUCGCAUAGGAUAAUUAUGUGACAGAACCUCCAACUGAGAAAAAAAUAGAUGCAUAUAAAUAAAGUAACCUACAAAGAUGAGGAAGAGGAAGAGGGCAGGUGAUGCUUACAGAGAGGGGAAAAAAUUGGGUUGCAGGUGGUGAAAGAGAGCCGAGGGAUGAGGACCAUCUCAUCUGACCUCCUGCCCCGGGGCAGGAAUCUUCUUAUUGCAACAUCCCUGACAGGUGGCCGUCCAGCCCCAAUUCCAGCAAAGGGGGGUUUUCUUCCCGGGGUUGAACAGCUGCCUGGCACAUCCAUUUCUUUUCGGAUUAUGGCCGACCCGUUUCCUGACCCUCUUCUGGCCCUAGGCUGCUGUACCGCUUGGGUCCAGUGUUCUUACCCCAGCUGUGAGAAGUGGCGGAGGCUCAGCAGCGAUGUGGAUCCGUCAGCCCUGCCCGAGGACUGGUCCUGCAGCCAGAAUCCAGACCUUCAGUACAACAGCUGCAGUGUCCCCGAGGAGACCUGGUCGGGCGCCGAAGACGAAGUGGUCUAUGCCGUUUAUUUCCCAGGGACCAUCGUGUGGGCCAAGCAAUAUGGAUACCCCUGGUGGCCAGGAAUCAUAGAAGCCGACCCCGACAUUGGAGAGUACUUCCUGUUUUCUUCCCAGGCAGACUCACUUCCUUCCAAGUACCACGUGACCUUCUUUGGCCACUCCGUGACCCGCGCUUGGAUCUCUGCCUCCCUGCUGAAGAACUACGGGGAGCCACCGGCGGAAGGAAAUGCCGGGGCCAAGCUCAGGAGCCGAAGCGAGAAGCAGAACCUCAAAGCGGCUCUGGAAAUGGCCAAGGAAGCAGAAGAAAUCAGCAUCCAGGAGAGAAUAAGGAGAUUUGGGUUCCACAGCCGAUUCAAGCACAAAGAAUCUCCCAAAGGAGGCAACAUCCUGAAAGAGCAGAAUAAUGCGGCCUCCAGGCCUCCGGUCCAAGGGACUCCAGGAACGAAGGCUGGGAAUAAGAACACCACAACCUCCGGCAAGGAUCCAGGAAAGCUUCUUCGUGAAAUAUCAGGAGUGAAGCCCAAUGCAAAUAUCAAGACCACCAUCGGUGUUACGAAAGGGGACAAAACACUUGAAUCAGAAGGACUUGAAAAUGCCUCCCCUGCGUUGAAGAAGAGCCGGCCAGAGAGAACUGCCCCCAAAGCUGCAGCUACACUCCGAGGGUCUGAGCGAGCAGCAGGAAAACAGGAGGGUAGUCAGAAAGGCUCCAAGAGACCCUUCGCCCGGCCGCCCUGCCAGCCGCCUCAGGCCAGGCACCCCCUCCGCCCCUCUGGGCCAGGCAGCCGCCCUGCCGACUUCGCCCGCUCUCCUCCUCCGCCCAGCCAGAAAGGCCGCUCCAACAGGCCGGGGGGCUCCCCGGGGCCCAGAGGCAUCUGACCACCGGAGGGAAAGGCGCAGCUGGGGAACCGCGGGGAACCCCAACAGCUGACUCUGCCGAGGAGGAGGAAGAAGAAGGAGAGUCUCCCCCCCACAGGCUGGGAAAAGUUUUCAUUUGGGAGUUUGGUUGACUUGGGAAGUUGGGGGCUCUUUAUAUUGUUCUGCCUUGGUGGGGGCCUCGUCUGAGGGGCUGCCUGCCCCCCCCUCUGGUUCACCCCCCCCCCAAUCUCUAUUA